AUGCAGUCUUCUGAGGAUUAUCCUCGACGAUUCCAUGGAAUUGUAGAUGAUCCUGACCAAGACAACUGGCCAGCACCACUUAAAAUUUGUGGUCAAGUGGUCCAACACAUCAAAGAUUUCAGACAAUACAUUCAAUUAGUUGGUAUAAUGUGCAACUCUGCAUUAAUGGAACGGCAUUGGAAUGAGAUGUCUGCGUUAGCAGGCUUUGACCUGACGCCUAAUGCUGGUACUACUCUUCGCAAGGUCAUUGCUUUCGAAUUGGAUUCUUUACUGGACCAAUUUGAAAUCAUUAGUGUGGGAGCAACUAAGGAACUCCAACUCCAAAUGAAUCUUGCAAAAAUGAAAGCAGAAUGGGUCAAUAUGUUCUUCACAACAAGUGCUUACAAGGAAACAGACUUACAUAUUCUGUCAGGACUAGAUGACAUACAAGCACUUCUGGAUGAUCAUCUCAUUAAAGCUUUGUCUAUGAGGGGAUCAGCAUUUGUUAAGCCAGUUGAAGAUAAAAUUGGAAAUGGCGUCAGCCGUCCGAAAAUGAGUGAGGUCGUAGUGGGAGAGGUGCGCAGUCGACUGCCGCGCAUUGCUGGCCGAUACCGCUCGCCCAGCCAUCUAGCGGCACGAUCGGAAGUUGAAAAAAAAAACAGCCCUCAUAAUUCACUACUGAUGGUGGAGACCCAGAUGGUGGACUCUGUUCGCUAUCAAAUUGAGUCAUCUUUGGAGGCUUAUCGAAACACCAAGCGCACAGACUGGAUAUUACAGUGGCCAGGGCAGGUGGUGUUGUGUGUAUCUCAGGCGUUUUGGACAGCAGGGGUUCAUGAGUGUUUGAGUAAAAAAACUCCCACUGCAAUUAAGGCAUAUCAUAACUUCCUAAAUGAAAAUCUUACUGACAUAAUCAAAUUGAUAAGAGGUAAAUUGUCAGAACAAAAGCGCAUAACAUUGGCUGCUUUAGUAGUACUGGAAGUUCACUCUAAAGAUGUGGUAAAUGACUUGUUUGAAAAAAAAGUUGUAAGUGAUACCGAUUUCCAAUGGCUGUCACAACUCAGGCAAGUUUUUAUCAUUUAAAUUUCUAAAAGGUCAUAUUCGCUAAUGCUUUUUAAAACAAAAAUGUCCUGCAAUGA